GGAUGCCCAGGGUUGAAAAUGCUCUAAAUAAAUCUCAUGGCAAAUUGGUAGCCUCGAGUCAAAGAAAACAACGAUGUUGUUGAUGUUGAUUUAUUCAAUCUAGAGUAAAUUUUGCACACUCUAGCACUUGACACAAUCUUGAAAUGAUAAAGUAGUUAUUCUUACCAGGUUAUUGUACUGACGACUAGUUACGUCACUUAAAACCUUACUUUUAAGUCUAGAUUAUAAUCUUCGAAUGAUGGUGGCGCGUAAAAUAUUGAAUACCCAAGAAGGUGUUUCUUCGAUAUGACCCACCGAAUCGCCAGCUUUUGUUCGAAUCCAGCUUAGAAGCUUGACGCACAAUUUCGGCAAAGAAAAAGAAGGGGAACAACACCAAAACCAAAGUUAUGGAUUUCGAAUUUAAAAGCCGCCUGAAUGAUAGCAGAGAGCGAGUAGAAGACUUGUUUAAUUUUGAAGGUUGUAAGGUUGGCAGAGGGACAUAUGGCCAUGUUUACAAAGCACGGUCAAAAGAUAGCAAAGAUUCAAAUGAUUAUGCAUUAAAGCAGAUUGAGGGUGCUGGUGUAUCAAUGUCUGCAUGCAGAGAGGUCGCACUUCUAAGAGAGUUGAAACAUCCAAAUGUCAUCUCUUUGAAGAGAGUGUUUCUGUCCCAUGCUGAUCGCCGAGUAUGGUUACUCUUUGAUUACGCUGAGCAUGAUCUUUGGCAUAUUAUCAAAUUCAACCGUGCUUCUAAAGCUCAGAAGAAGACUUUGCAUGUGCCCAAGAGUCUUGUCAAGUCACUACUCUACCAGAUUUUAGAUGGAAUUCAUUAUUUGCAUUCAAAUUGGGUUCUUCACCGUGACUUGAAGCCGGCAAAUAUUCUUGUGAUGGGCGAAGGACCGCAAAGAGGCAUAAUAAAAAUAGCUGACAUGGGAUUUGCUCGACUCUUCAAUGCCCCUUUGAAACCACUUGCUGAUUUGGAUCCAGUUGUUGUCACAUUCUGGUACCGUGCACCAGAGCUUCUUCUUGGAGCAAAACAUUACACAAAAGCGAUUGACAUCUGGGCCAUUGGCUGCAUCUUUGCUGAGCUACUGACGUCUGAGCCCAUUUUUCACUGCCGUCAAGAAGAUAUUAAAACCACCACCCCGUAUAAUAAAGACCAGCUUGACCGAAUAUUUACCGUCAUGGGAUUUCCUUCAGAAAAAGACUGGGAAGAUAUAAGAAAAAUGCCUGAACACAGCACUCUAAUGAAAGAUUUUAAAAAGAGCAAUUAUGCAAACAGCACACUUUCGCGGUAUAUGGAGAGACACAAAGUUAGGCAUGACGGCAGAGCCUUUCAACUGCUGUCAAAACUUCUUGUUAUGGAUCCAACGAAUCGAAUAAACGCGGAAGAAACACUGAAAGACUCUUAUUUCCAAGAAGAACCCUUGCCAACGCAAGACGUUUUUUGUGGAAUGCCAAUACCUUAUCCAAACCGCGAGUUCUUGACAGAUGAUGACAACGAGGAGAAGUCAGCAAAGAGCAGCACGCACAAACCCGGAAGUAGCCCACAGCAACCACCCUCAAAAAGGGUUAAGGUGGUACCGCACAACCAACAGAAUCAAGAAUAUCAGAAACAGUCUUAUUACCAGAGAUCCGAUGCUAGCCAACACCAACAAACCAGCAAAUCACAAGGCUCUUACAUGCUCGCUUCAUCGUCAUCGCAUCGACCAUCAGCUACAGUCCAUUAUACCGCUGCUGAUAACCCAAGAUAUUAAUCAAAGACCAAGUCAAAUCAAAGGUCACGUUCAUAAUGAGCCACGUGUGAAGAUGUUUUUCUUUGACAAUGGUACAGCCAAGAAGGAAUGGAAAUAAGAAGAAAAUAAGAAAGGCAAUGGAGGGGAAAUGUUGUUAAAAGUAGAUGGAAGAGCCGAGGGAAGACUGCAACGCAUCCAUUACACGUAUACCUUAAAUCAUUUAAAGAACAGGCAUAGUUUUGCCAAUAAUCACGAAUGAAUAUGAUAAUGGAUGCUUAUUAGCAUGCAGUCUGUAAUUCCAUUAGUUGCAAAUAAAAACGAUAAAUCUUGGGCCUUAACAAUCAAGUGUAUGUAUAGACAUAUAUUCCUGGACAUUUUGGAUGUUUGAAGAAAAUUUGAGCUGAUUGAAGAUAUUUCAUUGUUUUUUGCCUUGACUCUAAUAUUCUAUACUAGUUUUUACAGAAGCCAAAUGAUUUCUAAAUAAUAAAUUUUAUAGUAAGUUUAGCAAAAGGCAUAUUGCAUCUCAGGUGUUCAUAUAGUAAGUUCACAUAAAUAGAUAUUGCAUCUCAGGUGAAAAUCCCUGCUUUCUUGUAGUGUUUUGUUAAAAGCUAAAGUUCUCUACACAAUUUCAUAUGAUUCCCAUUUAAAGACAGUCUGUCCUCUCCGUGAUUGGCUAAUUCUAACUUGAAGCCUCGCCUUCGAAAGGUCUUCCUCUGCUUUUUUAGCAUCCGAUAUUAGUUAUUGUGGGUGAACGCGACAAAAAAUUCAGGGAAAGUACACUAUGGUGGUUCUUCAUUCUGAUUGGUUAUUUGUGCAUUAAACUGUGUUUUGCGAUUGUGUUUUAAGAUGCGGUUAUGUUUUGCCUUUUUAUUGCUCAAGCAAUGUUCUCCUACUUGCAACGUAGUUUCGAAUUAUUUCUCGAAACCCAUUACUCGCACAAGCCUUCCAUUGACAGGCACUGUCCUGCGACGUGGCCGUGCUUCGAGUGAUUUUACUGUCCUGCGCCUUAGUCUAUAUUGAGGUUGUUGCUGCAAUAUGCAUUUAAAAUGUUGAAACAUUGGUGUUCAUAUAGAAGCAAAAUUGCUUUUCCAAAAGACCUUGCUGGGUAGAAAACAGCGUUUACAGUUUCUGGAGCUGCCCAUAUCACGAAUCAGUGUCCAAAUGCAAUAGGAUUGGAAAUUAGACACGCCUUUCUAUUUUGGAAUCGAAAAUUAGCUUUCAAUCAAAACCAAGCUACAACUGCCUUAUCUAAUGAAAUUCUAGCUUCUUUGUUGACAAGAGCAGCAUGGCUUAUUUCGGCAAUAAUCUGAAGGCUUUAUUGGCCUGAUAACGACAGCUGACUACACGAUCAUCGCGGUAUUUCUUAGCUUUGUUUGUUUACGGUAGAUGAUCAUUUUCAGCUUCAUAUCGCCAUAUGGUAUUGUUUCUCCUUGUUCAAAUUAUUCGUUUUUCGAACGUGUGGCAGAGAUGGCUAAAUAAUGCGUCGGCAAACUGUCUCCUAGCUGAACGGCUGUUUUCAUAUUGGUUUUAAUCUUAAACAAAUUAGAUUUGAAUUCUGUUUGAAGCCAGCCUUCUUUGGAUCGUGUAAAAAUGUAUUUGUCUAUUGUGUCGAUAUUUAGGCUACAUUAAAUCUUUUUUAUGCCUCGAAUCAAAAUUUGUUUAUAUCAGUAAAUUGGACAAAGAUAUGAUAUAUCCCAUAUACAAUAACAGCUUAUAGCAAAAUGAUAGAAUCAUUGUUCGUCAAUCUGGAGCUAUCAGAAAAUCCUUUUGUUCUUUUCACCUGUAUAAUCAAAACAUUACUUGGUAUGCCCCUUUAAAAUUUUUGAUUUGCUAGGCUUGCUUUAUAAUCGUUUCUAAGCGUGUUUAUGGUUUCUCAGUGUGCAAUCCUGGUUUAUUUUUUAAGCAUCUUUAAAACCUGAUAAGGCAUCGGAAACUUAAAACCUGGCACACCGCGCAAAUUUAAAUCUGUUUAAUGAAAUGUUAAGCUGGAAAGUAAGAUGUUUUGCCGCCUUAUCUGGUUUUGUUUGGUCGUUUUGAGUGUUUGUGAGCAAGUUGCAGUCUAUUCCAAAAAGUUUCAGCGCUGUUUAGUGACGUUUAGAACAUGUAUAGUCGCUUUGCCACAAAUAAGACUAUGUUGUGCUUUGGCAAGCGCAGUAGCUUUGGGAGUUAAAAGGUUUCCUUUCUCACGUGGUUUCAAUUAACUAAACUCUUCGGCACUAUUUCCUGAUGCAUUUCACUGGCCAUUUAAAUUCCUACUGGUUAGUCUAAACAAUAGACCUAUUGUUACAUAUCCUAUCGGCUAAUCCUCGAUGUUUUCUCGAUUUUAAACACAUUGCAUAGCCUAUUGUUCAAGGCUCUUGCGCAACCGGCAUGCUUUGCGACAAUAUUUUCAAAAUCGGCCUAAUAUCGUACUGCAUGAAAAUACAAAAUACAAUCAAUUUUUCAAGAUAGCUGCCGCUAAGCGUGCCGGUUGCGCAAGAGCCUUUACCUCUGGACAGUUAACUAAUGUGACAUAGCUCCUUAAUGUGCAAAAUUUCCUUUCCCUCUCCGUCUUUCCAUCAAACUGCUGCAGCCCUUUUACUUUUUUUGUAGUCCAUUGUUAUUUGAUAUUUGCAACAAAACAAACAGAAAACAAAUCCAAGCUCUCUCAUCUGCACCUUCAACUUUCAGAAAACUCGUCGGUAGAAUUAAUUUUACAACAAAAUAUUAAUGUUACAAAAGAAUUUCUGUCGGUAAAAUAUGGUUUUGCAUCUUUACACCCCCACCCCCCCCCCCCCCAGCGAGAAUGGGCACGCGACGCCACUGCUGACAUUUCAGAAGAGGUUAAUGGAGUCAUAGAUUCAGAAUGGGAACUCCAUUAAUGAGUUUUCCAUGCUUUUUGCAAACCCAUGUGCGAAUGUAUUCAAGGCAAACCAAGUUUGUCAUCUGAGAGGAAGCUCACUUAAUUAAUAAAGACAAAUUUUGUGGUGUCGAUAGCGAAAGAUGCCUCUCUUCACAUAAUGCAACUAACAAAAUGGUGUUUGCAUCACAAACCUAUUAAGGCAACGAUCACAUCGUUUGUUAUGGCCUAUCCAAUGGGCCUAUCGCUUCUUUCCUGAAACGAGGCUAACCAAUCAAAAUUUGUUCUCGCAUCGAAAAACACAAAAGUUUUCUGCGGAUAUUUUUCUCUCUGCCCUUCCUCUAUUCUGAGGUGAAGUUUCGUGAAACUUAAAUCAUGUUGUGAAAACUUGAGUCACGUUUAUUGCACCACUACUAAACUUUCCACAGCUAGAUUAAACAAAUGUUAAAUUUUUAGUAGAAAGUUUAGUCGUUUUGUCAGGGUUUAAUUAAACUACAAGAAGAUUGUUCACCCAAUGAUUCAACCUCUAGAAUUUAAUGGAUGCCUCUGUCUGGUCAAAAAAAUAUUCUUGCUAUUUCAUCAUUAUUUUAUCAGAUUAUGUAGAAAGCUAGAAUACAAACUGUAGUUAAUGAUUGAUGUAAAACAAAAGUGGCCAAACCUUGCAAGUAAAUGUUUUCCUUAACAAUAAUAAGAGUAACGCUAAUUAAUUCACAGUUGUUGCUACGCUUGCCUUGAAAAAAUAAUCUUGAUAAAAUUAAUAUGACAGACAACUUUGUUCUUUUAAAGUUUUUUGCCACCAAUUAGUGAUAAACCGUCGCCCUGUUUUCUUUUACUCGAGCAACUGUUACCGGUUGCACCAGAUAGCCAACCAGCCAUUGAUUGUGGGCGUAUUUGGUAAGGAUUCUGAAAAUCAAUUAGUUAUCAAUUCAAACUCAAUGUGUCGAUUAACCAAAGUAUCUAAACAACUCAAUAAUGUCAUUUUCUCUUAACUCUGUUUGUUAUCUCAUGGAUUCCAGCUUAUAUGAAUCUACCAUGUAAUUUGAUAGCAUUGUCUACGGUUAGAUGUGGUCUGUAGAGUUCGACCAGGUAGGAGACUGAAUUCAAUGUCAGUGUCAUGCGGAGCUGUCUAGUUUCCAUACUGCUCGACCUGAUGACGUAAUUGUUUUACCCUAACCCUAAACCUAAACCUAACCCUAACCUUAAACCUAAACCUAACCUUAAACCUAACCCUUACCCUAACUCUAACCCCAACCCCAACCCCAACCCUAACCCUAACCCUAACCCCUAACCCUAACCCUAAACAUUUACUUAAAAUAAUUAAUCAUACUAAUUUAUGACUAUUAAUCAUGCCUAUUUAUGACUAUCAGGUCGAGCAGUAUGGAAACUAGACAAUUCCGUGUCAUACAGACCAAACUCCAAAAUAACAAUCGUUUUGGUCCUUCAGUCUCUUUUCCAGUCAUCACUCUGUGCUACUGCGUAAGUGACAAGCCCCACGAGGAGUGUAGUUUGCUCUAAACCAAUCACCAUACUAGUAGCUUGAUCUAAACCAAUAAAAUCACAAAGAACUAAAUUCAUGUCAGCAUUUCAGCUGUCGUAACGACCGUGCAUGCAAAUGCAAUCUUUAGCAAAUGCAAUCGCACGGUUUUCAGCUAUUAAAGCUGCUAGUUUUCGCGACAAAUUUUUUCAAUACGCGGCCUCUAGAAUGGUUGUCGUUGCCUAUUUCUGAGUUUUGACAAUAUCUAUAGAGCUUUGUUUUUGAAUACACUCUUUCUUAUAAGAAGAAGUAAAUUGAAGUCCAGGCUGUUCUUUUAUUUUCCAUUUUAUUCCUUAUUUGUUCUUAUUAUAUUGGAACUGGCGCCUCUUACCCGUAUUCUUAACAAGCAGUCGACAAACGAUCCCCGCUUACAGUAUUUACGAUUCGAUAUUUCAUCUCCUGGCUCUCAUUUUUGAAUUUAAUAAAUUCGUGUUUGGAAGCCUAGUUGCCAAUCGUAAAUGUAGACGGAUUAUGGUAUAUAACAAGAGUUCUGCUCUAUUUGUUUCACCUGACACUUGUUGCUCUUAUAUCCCUCAUUGAAUUGAUUCUUCUAAAUUACUGUUCUUUGUUACUUUCCCUAAACCUACCCCGUCAUUACUACGUGUAAAAUUCAACCAGAAAGGCACCUGAAGCUACUAGAAUGGGUAUUCUGGUCAUGUAAUUGAGCUGUUAUUGACUGUUAUUGUUAAUAAUGCACGUGUCUUUAUUUUCCACGGUCUCCCACUAGCAGGUAGGCUGAAAUAUACUGGCGUGUUAUAAAAUGCUCCUCGAGGCCUAAUCAAAAUUUUGUUACUUAUAUUUAAUAAUAGAAAAAAGUUACUCUCAUAGAAAUGAUUGAUGAUUGCAACCGAAAGUUUAUAUAACGUUUCAAAAGCACCCUACUCACCUGAACUGACUAUUUAUGCCAAGCAUGUUUCAAAAGAAAAAUAUGGACAGUUAUUGUGGAUAUUCUGAAAAAUGUGAUACUGUAGUACUCGAAACAAAAAAAAUUGAAUUUUUUUUAAAUUCACAACUGCGUAAUUCUGUCCCUGCGAUUGGUUGGUUGGCGUACAAGUUGAAACAAUAUUUCUCCACCAACUUCAAAAGUGGCUUACCUUUUUGAAAAAAAUUAAACAUGCGGCCCUCAAUGUUAAAUUGAAAGAAAUUACAGUUUAAAUUAAGAGUAAUCAAGAACAUGUUACUGCAAAAAAGUAGACUACUCGCUGUCCACCUUUGUUCCUUUUAAAAAGAUGGUGUAACUUUCAACCUCCCCCUUAAGUUUUUAAAGGCUAUUCUGUUUUUGCUUUGCUACAAAGUGUUUAACGUACCACUCUAGCUGGUUUUGUAGUCAAGGCAACAAUGAAGAUUUUCCGUAAAAAUAUAGACUUCAGAUUUGAUUUUAUGUUUAGAAAGCGAGCCACCCACAACACUUGUGUUCAGCAAGCUCUGUGGUGUGUGUGCGGCGACUAAUGCCAACCCCUAAAACAAUAUAUGAGACGAAAUAAUUUCAUGAAUAGCUGGUACCCUAUUGUGUACCUGCACAUAGAAAAUAUGAUUUUGUCUCAACCUGCACGUGCCUGCUCUGUUUUUGCUUUGUAGGAAAAAUAGCUCUCCUAGAAAUACUCUCAUUCAUGCGUAGCGCUGGGCACUGUGUCGGUGUGCACACAUCCUCUUUAUUAGAUUAACCGAUUUCGGCACAAGAUUGUCGAUGUGAAGUAAUUAUUUAUGUAUCGGCUCCUUUGUUUGAUUGAGAAUACAGCGAUUUAUGUUUAAAUGAAUUCGCUGGAUUAUAAGAUAACCACUUGCUCGAUGAACACCAUUGAUUGUCCUCAGUGUCAUACUGCUGCUGUAAUCUUCAUAUUCUAUCUUCAGAAUGCGAGAAUAGUUGUUUCCUUCCGUUCAACAUAGGCGAUUGAUCGAUUGAAUUGUCAGCGGUGCCGUCUAGAAGCCACACCCAAGACCACACCCUAUAAACUUGCAUUUGUGCAAAAUAUUUUCUGUUGUGUAUUAAGUCAUUUACCGACUAUAAAAGGCUAAUAGUAUUUGUUCAUUCAUGGCGCACAGGCAAUAGCACGCUAAUGGGUUUAUUCACAUUGUCAAGUAAGGAAAUCGUCCAACAAAAUAUAUACUGGCGUGAAACCAAAUAUACCACGGUACCACUGUAUAUAGUCCCAUAUCUAGCCUCAGGCCCAUCCCUUCCAUACCUCCCUCUUUCUGCGCAUCUCCUGGUCAAUUUCGCCUGCGCACUUUUUGCGCUUAUCACGCUUGCGCAUCUUUCGGCCCAUUCUGCUGGCUCAACUUUAGAACAAGUCAGUGAUCUGGUCGCUUGAGCAUGGGAUCUCUCUUGGUGUUUUUUAGUAGAAUUUAUAUCACAAUCAGUUUCAGUUCAUGUUCUCUUUUCUAAUCACGUGCGCCGCACCCUUGGUUGCUACGUAUUCGCACUAUUUUUAUAAAAAUUUGUAUAGUUGUAAAAAGGGCCCAGCUCUGGUUUUUAAUGAACAAGCAAGUGCGCGUAUAUUUUUGCGACCAUUCAGUUUCUCGAAAGCGUCAUUCGCGGAUUUCUAUCGCCUUUUUCAUCCGGCUCGGUGGACCACAAACUCAAAUUUUCUGUUGCCAUGAUCGUUAUGGAUCCUUGCUUCAUUCAUAUUCCAGCAGCAAACACAGAAUACUAGUUUUAAUUGCCCAUGAAUUCGAAACUGUUUCAAACACUUCAACAAAAGUAGUUUUUUGGGCGAAUUCAGUUCUAACCACGCUUUAAAACAACGCUUUCAUUGUAAGGUGCUCAAGAUUUGACAAUAGUCAGAGGGAGAAAGUAAAUUGUAUCAUGUGACUGAAAUUUCUUAAUUUCUUGUUCAUCGAGUUUCUGUUUCAAUUGAAAAAGUUCAACUUUAAAAGAACCUUUUGCUAAAGAGAACAUUUCUUUUUUCUCCUCUAUCUUCAAUUUCUCUUUAUUUUCCUUAAUUUCACUUUUAAUUUGGUUUCUGAUUGCAAUUUAAAUGUAUAGUAUUGAAAGAUAAAAUUUUGUCUAUAUUUUGUAUUGAACUUGCAGUAUGCUUAGAAAUAAAUGAAUUUGUGAAGCAGUAAAUAUUAUGUAUCACUCUACUUAAUAACAUUUUAUACCAUACUAUAUUGAUUUUGCUUUCCCAUAUUAUUUUUUCCCAUAUUAUAAUGUUUACUAUAUUGCAAUUUAUGUGAAGGCCUAAAGUAAGGAAUUUCUUAUUCAUUAAUUAAUUCAGAAAACGUCGUUUCAUAUGCUCCAAAACCAUCAAAAUCCUUAUUUUUUUAAGAGCAAAUGCACUUGAAAAUUUGCUUUUAGAAUUUGCAUUCAUCAGCUUGAGAUAUUUCGAUAGGAUUCUGAGAUGGCCAAAAGCCGGCUGGACGUCAGAAUAGCGCUGUCAGGCCUCUUUCUUAUACUGAAUAUUUACAUUUCCAAAAGGUGAGAUACGAGCUAUUAGGAGCAUGCAAGGUUUAUGCACUGUUCAAUUAGAUUGUGUUUAUUCACAGAAAGCAGAUUUGUAGCUUCAUAAAAGAAUCUCUGUGAGAAUCAGUAAGGGUCUGAAAGAAGAAUAAGCACGCAAGACAUAAAUUUUUAAUGUUAAUUAGCCUUUGCCCUUCCAAAUCACCGUCCUAACAAAAAGGAUAAGAAAUGAGAUUAUGUCUUGUAUCAUAUAUCAGGACGCGGAUCGUUUUCUUGAAUGUUUCUUAUGCGAUUACGCAUAAAAGAGCAAAUGUUCGUUUCUUGAUUUCUCGGGUCACAACAUUGUAAGGAUUGGGGUCAUUUUGAUUUUUAUCCGGGUUAUUCACAAGAUUGGCAUGCUCACUGUUAAGGCUCUGCCCUUCAUUUCUAUUUAGUCAACUGCAAGCUUUUUAUGCGCUAACGUCGUAAUAUACAUUCUGAAACUUUAGCCUUGCAAUAAGUUGGCUUUCUGAGCUUGUCUCUCUCUCUUUCUAGUUAUAUCAAAGACAUCUUUUUGCAAAUAAAACAUCUUGGCUGUUUGACAAUUAACCUUUUAAGGAUAUCGAUUUGAAGAGCUUAAUGUUACGCUGAUUUGUUACUAUCUAAUUAACAAUAGAAAUACUUGAAAGAGAACUCUGGAAUAAGGUCUUAUACUUUUUACGGCAAUGCUCGGAGAGGUUUUACAAGGUAACAAAAAGAAGUAAUGCUGUACUGCAACGUUGGGGUAAUUAUAGGUCCAGUUCUAAAAAUAGAUAAAUUUCAAUUCAGUCUGUAUGAAGGAUUUUGCUGUAUUGAACGAAAUAAUGAAUAAUCGUUUUCAUUUCGAUUGACUUCCUAUUUUUACAUUGGUACCUGCUGACUUUUUAAGUCCAAGCAUCCCGUGGUAUCUUAUUCAUCUUUAUAAUUAGGAGCCUCGAUUUGAAUCUGGAGAAACAUUUGCGAGGCAAACCAAUCUUGCAGAACGGAAGAUCUCGUCAUUGAAAUAAGAAUGUCACCACAUUGAGCUACUUGUAGGUUUUUACUCUUGUUUUAACAGGUGUGUAGUGUAUAAAACGACCUCAUGGGGCUUAUGCGAAAAAACUUCAAUAGUCAUAAGAAGAAAAGUGUUACUUUUAGGUUUCAACAAAUAGGCCCCUGAGCCCGUGAGAUUUAAACCCUUGCUUGCUACCAUCGAUAAUUUAUGGUCGCAUCGCCAAGCCAUAACUGUGUUCGCCCAAGCACUCUCUGCUUUCCUUGUAUUAUUUAGUGGCCUACAGGGUCGUCGCUACGAUGGGGCGUAGGGAUGUGACUAUCCCAUAAUAGAUUGCGACGGGACUUGGUGUCAUACGAUGAGAAGCUAUUCUGUUUAUUUUGUUCUGGGGGUUUUUAUCGUGUCUUGAAAGGUUCUUUAGUUCUGUCUAAUGCACAGAAACCCAGAGUUUAUGAUAUCAAUCAGCGUAACUGAUAGCAUACUGUAUGCUGCGGUGUCUCCUUGUUACAACAGGGCUUGCAUAUUACUGAUUCUUGUUUAGAAUGAAAACAUAAUUUUUCUCAACAAUAGGCUCUUUUGUCAUCUGGCAACCUCUGCGAAGCCUCUUUGAGGAAAUAGCCUAAAUUUUUCGUACAAAACUAAUUAUUUACCAGCUUAGCAUAAAUCUCUUAAUUUUUUUUAUUGCAUUCCUAAAGUCCUCCUAAUAUCUUAUUUCUAAUGAUAUGUUUUUAAUUGUGGGUCUAAAUAGUAAAGCUGCUUUCCAACAAAUCUAAUUGACAUAAACAAUAUUUCAGAACAAAAAUCGUCCUUAGUGUUUCCAGCUGCAUUUAAAUCAUCUUCAUCAGUCCACACAAGAGCAGUUUUUGCGCAGAAGACAAGAAGGCCCAAAAUCGUUUCGACUAUUGAAAAAUAAGAACAUCGAGCAUCGAAAAAAUUUUCUGGUUCUAAAAAUAAAUAGUUUGUUUCAAAAUGAAGUUACUAGGGGCGAUCUUUGACUUCUUUCAGAAAAUAAAUCUUCAAAUCGUUUAGACUAUUGAAAAAUAAGAACAUCGAGCCUCGAAAACAUUUUCUGGUUCUAGAAAUAAAUAGUUUGUUUCAAAAUGAAGUUACUAGGGGCGAUCUUUGACUUCUUUCAGAAAAUAAAUCUUCAAAUCGUUUAGACUAUUGAAAAAUAAGAACAUCGAGCCUCGAAAACAUUUUCUGGUUCUAGAAAUAAAUAGUUUGUUUCAAAAUGAAGUUACUAGGGGCGAUCUUUGACUUCUUUCAGAAAAUAGAUCUUCAAAUCGUUUAGACUAUUGAAAAAUAAGCACAUCGAGCCUCGAAAACAUUUUCUGGUUCUAGAAAUAAAUAGUUUGUUUCAAAAUGAAGUUACUAGGGGCGAUCUUUGACUUCUUUCACAAAAUAAAUCUACAAAAUUAGCCAGAGUACGCUUUUUACUUAAUGGGAACCCUCAAACCCUCCUGCCAGUUUGUCGAUAAUCACACUUGCUCCCUUGAACCCUUUGCCCCUUUGCUUCCUUGCACCCCUGCCCCCUAGUUUCGUAGAUUGCUAUUUGGGUAUCAUGCUUUCUUUAGUUUUCUGCAUGGAUACUCUGUUUUACCACUCAUUUUAUCAUUGCAAAGUGGUGUCACUCCAUCUUAUUCGUGCUCAAUAUAAACGUUGUUUUUAAGCUAAAGCAGCUGCCCUGAUAGAUUUGACGUCGCUUCAUUUGUAAAAGCCAAUCUCUGCUGGUAAUGGACAAAUUUGUAUUCCUGAAAGUGCCAAAUUUAGUCCUUUCAGACAAUAGCUUAGUUGUAAGGCUAUGGUCUGUCAUUCAGAACUUUGGCAAGUAAAGGUCAUUGUUGGUUUUUAAUUUCAUCAAAAGCUGGACAUGCCGGAGCAUGCAAAUAUAGUUUGUCUGUUUUCGGUGGUAUGCACAUAAAAGUUGGCUUUGCGCAAAUAUAUUUGAAAGUCCUUUUCUUCUGACAGUGGGUGCCGUCAGAGCCCGGAGUGUUUUUCUCCGCUAAUGUCACAACUACCAUGAUGCCUUGCGAGCUUAUGAUAUAUUGACCAGUAAAAUUUUGCAGAAUCUUGUGAUGUUGGACUCUUCAGUAACCAUGUUUGUUCAUUGGGAUAAGUGGGUGCUACAGAAUACAACCAACUGUAAAAAGGUGCAACAUUCAAAAUGUCACCAUAAAUAGGUCCUUAUUUAGUAGGUUCACUUUUAGCAAUUUAAAAUAUCCCAGCGUACCUCUGUAUUAAAACCAGUAUGCACUUUUCGCCCUCAUUUGUUUGUUUGUGCAAUAUGGUAUAUACCGUAGCUUAUACAGUGAACAUCGUUAAUAGUUUAAAAGGCAGCACUGCCAUUACACUAUGUAUUUUUGUGGUAUUGCAGCUAUUUCAGCAGCUUGAAAUGUAAAGCGAUGUAGUACUCAUGUCUAACAAUAUCUUAUACCUGAGCAAUCGAGGAAUGUUAUUAUGCACGUUGGUGAUAAUGAUCUGAUAGUCAAGUCAGGUCGGUUGUACAAUGUUACGCGAACAAGACUAUCAGGCAAAAAUGCAUUAAAUUAUAGGCCGUUGACCAUUCUAUCUCUAGCUUAAAAGAUUCCCCAGAAUGUUUGCUUAAUUCCACGUUGGAGUAGUGAAAAGAUGAUUUGAAUUGUAUUUGUAUCCACCAUUGUUGUUUUCCGCCUAGUGAUUUAAAUCACAGUGAUUUCGCAAUCUUUGGGUGAGAAAUACCAAUAUCUUCUAGAUAAAGCUGUUCCAAUUUCCGAAAAGUACUUUUACCUAUAUCCGUGAUCGUCAUAUCUGGAUAUCGCUGAUUCCAGCGACUUCAUGAAGCUAAUCACAGUACUGGUGGUCUCCAAAGCACUUAUAACCGAACACAGGGCUGCAAAGGUUUUCGAUGUGUGCCAUUUCAGAAAUUCUUAUAAACCUUUCCACCUAAUUACGUCAUGCCGCUAUGCACUGGAAAAUUUUUUUUUCUUUAGAAAGGAGUUUUUUUUAUCAAAGUUGUCGUUUUUUGCGUUGAAAGAAAUAUCCAGUAAGCAGUUGUUCGCUCGUUAUGUUCCAAUUACUUGAGUCGGAUGCCUUUUCAUGUGAAAUUCUAAUGAGCACGCGUGCUGCCUCAAUACAUUUUAUUGUAAAGGCAAAUCCCAGAAAGAUCGGUUUACUGUGAACAAAUAAAGAGAUCAAUAAGCUCUAUUCUUUUGUGUCCGUUUUUCGAUAUGCAAACACGAAUAUGGAUUUGUUUUCCAUUUAACCAUCGCUUAAUUUUAAUCAGAGCCGUUAAUAAUUCCUGGCCUUGUAAAUAGCCUUCAAAUGUGGCAUAGGAGCUUGUCCAGUUAAAAUUAACAUUUUACAGCACUAUUUAAAUCUUUGAUGAAAAAUUGCCAUAUUUGUUUAAUGAUGCAAGGUGCCCCCGAUAUGCUUAUAGCAAUCAGAUAAACUGAAGAUAUCAUCCAUACAAUUUUUUGCAAACUUCGUAAAUUGUUAAGAUCUACCACAGAAAGGUUAAACUUUCUUUACAGACAGACUGUUUCGUUAUUUGUUGAUACCAUGCCUACCAAAUACACUGAACGGUCAUCCGGGCAGCUUACUUCAUCAUCCCAUCUCUCCCAAGAAAACAAUGAAAUGAAAUAAUCAAGAAGCUUGAUUACAACAGCCAUCUUUUAAAUGUUGUUUUAUUUGAAAAGCAACUUAUAGGAAUGGACACUGUCUAAUAGACACCCCAAUUGGUACUGUAUCCGAGGUACUAUGAUGAUAUGAUGAAAAGGAUGGGUGUAGUCUUACGAUGAAAGCUAUGAACAAGUAAGAAAAUGAGCUUGAAUCUGCAUCGCCGUCUCCCAACUGAUGCUAGCUUAUUAACAGCUUCCUCUUUAAACAUAUUGUGCCGUGUUUGCUUAUCAAGAAUGAACGAAUUUUACUCAACACUUCGAUAAGGUGUUUUCGAAAUGCAUUUAUAUGGGCAGCUCAUGAAUUGUGUUGCAAAAUUUCUACCAGUUUAACAAGGAAGAUGCAAAAAGGGAGACGUCUUGGUCAUUAGGGGACAUGUGCCAUGGAAUCUAGUUGCACGUUGCUUUCUUAUUGUAUUCUACCCAGCUUAUAGGAUUUCUUACUUUACCUAACUGUGUCUCAUUAUCGUUAACCACAAAGGCAUUGUUCAUAAAUUUAGCCUUUUUUAAACAGCACACAGGAAAUAACGAAAUCAUUCCCUGUCUCAAAAGCGCCUGCCUUUCUCUCUAUGCACAGUUAAUGCAAAUUGUUCACAACGGCCGAAUAUGCUUUUAAACUUGUAAAUAGAUGUUUUCACGCAACAAGCUUUGUUUAAUCUUUGUAUUGUUCGCUUGUUUCAAUGAGUGAAUCUCACUUGUCGCAUACAAUGAAAACGCUCUCUAAAGGCCACCUGUCCCCAAUAAGCGAUGUAGAUACGGGAUUCUGGAAGCCAGUAGUGGUGGAAAACCCAGACCGGACCUCUAGAAAUCCAGCCAUUUCCACAAUUUUAUUUUGUUUUAACGCUUUGCUGGUUCUUGUUGGCACAUAAUAUUGCUGUAAAUAUCUUAAACCAAGACAUUGGAGUCCCUAUUUCAACUGCUUAAAUCAAAGAGACCAAAUUUUUAGUCAAAACUUAAACUAGAAAGACAAGAGGGAAUUGUGAUAGGAAAAUAGAAUCUUGCUUUUUGGUGGGCUAGUUUUACUUGUCAAGAAUUUGGUUGAUUCAUGUUCAUUUUUCGCUUCUUCAGCUGUGGUAUUUUUGCAUCCUUAUACUCAAUACAUAGUGGAUGCGUGUCUGGAUGCAAUAUUUUACUUUAUUUUGGUGCAAUCUGCUGCUUUCUGACUUUAGCAUUGGCGUUCCCUGAAGGAUUGUCAUGUUAUGGUUAUUUCGUGAAUAUUUUUGCUGAGUUUUUAAUUGCAUCAGAAACAGCAUACGUGUUAGACGAUUUUGAUUCCCUUUUAAACAUUUGGAACUUUAAGAUUGGCCAAUUUCAACCACUGAUAUUUGUGUAAAUAGAACAUUGUUUCUGUUCGUUUCCAUUUUUUUCUAUUUCUAUUCCAGUACCAUUUAUAACUUCCAAAAAUAUUCGAUCUACCUAAAAAUGACAGUUUGUCCAGUUGAUAAUGCGUUUCAGUCAACUGCAGGAUAUCAAACUGCGUUUCUUUAAAUUGAACCUGCGAUCCAUACCUUUGUAAUACCCUGUCCACUGUUCUGUAUUUUCUGAUCCAUGUAAUUACAUUCUGCGCUUUCUUAUUCGGUCAACUUCCUAUUUCCAUGAUUGCGCAUGCGCUUUGUUGAUUUACAGGUCUCUUUGUGGUAAGUAAUGGAUUGAUAUUGAUUGAGUUCACUGAUCCAUGAACGCAGAGCGUAGUGUGCAACCAAGCUGAGGGGGACUAUCAAUGGGCUUGCUUACGCUUGGAGUGGCUGGAGUGUUUGGUGUAGUGUGUUAGAUUGUUUCCGUUUGGAUUCCAUCGCGAACUGGCACAGGUAUUGGCUUGUAACAAAACACAGUCAGAUAUGGCCUUAACUUCUAGUUUAUCGUGUGUUGACUAUUUAUCGAUCAAAUUUGGAUGCCAAAGUUUGAGCAGCGAAAAGGAGAUCUAUAACCACCUUAGCCAAGAAUGGUUUUACGGGCCGCUUAUAGGAGAGUUUAGCUUUCACGGAAAGCAAGAUUCUUGGAACAGCAUUUUUCAUGAUACCAAUUUUUCGACUGAAAAGAAACUCGGGACGACUAGAGGAUAUAAAAAUUCCCUUCACAAAAGGCACAAGUUUAGAAGUAUCAGAAACAAGGGCAUUUCAGAAAGUGUUGGAACAUGGAGGGACGAGUGUAUAUCCGACAAAUUUUCGUCAGAUACAGAGACCUCGAAGCGCCAAGGAAAAGAAAUCCUUGCAUCGAAGAGUGAAAUGGAAGAUGGUAAAAAUAAUAAUAACUUUGUUUCGUUGGAAGAUAUCGAGAAAGACGCGAUGUCAACUUCUGUCGAUUGUGAUGAUGAUUAUGAUGACGAUAACCAGAGUGACUCUGAAUUAGAACUGCUACAAAUUUGUGGUAAAGAGAAUAUUGCUGAGACUCACAGCAUAUCGGAGAGCAUGGCUACAAAUUUCUCAAGAAAAAGAUCUUCAACCGAAAGCCUAGUUGAAUGUGAUAACUUCGCAAAACGUAUGCGCCCCUCUCUGGAUCUGACAAAAAUGCAAAAUUCUAGAUAUUCAUCGAAUGAAGAUUGUGACAGGUUUAUUCCGAUUGUCUUACCGUCAUCUUUAUAACAGCUAUUUAUUACAAGCUUCUAUUUUUAGGUUUUAUAUUCUGUGUAGAUUAUAAAAAAUUCAAAAUUAUGCAAAGUUAACAAGGUUACCAUUUAUUCUUGAAAUAACCCGCUUCCUAGCCCAUCAAGAGGUGGUCUAAUAUACUUAUGAAAGAUAUCAUUCAAGCAAAAACCAAAUUGCUCGUAAAAUUUCUCAUAAUGGCGAGAGUCACGAAAUAUUGAUAAACAACCAUUGUUAACAGCGUAAAUACCUUCUCGUUUUGUGAUAAAAGUCAUACGACUGUUGUUUCCUAUGGAAUACUUUACACGAUACAUAACAAGUCGUUUCGAGCCUUUUGUGACUUUUUAAUAAUUUUCGCAAAUUAAAACUUGCUAAUGGCAUAGGUUAGGCAGAAAAAAUUCCCCUUUUAUUUGCGCAUUGAAAACUAUUUGAAUUCGUGAUAGUUGUUUCGCCGUUUGGAGGCAGGAAGGGCGUACUUUGCUGUUGUGCUUUGGAUUGUUGACGUCACGUUUAGACUUUACAACAGCACGAAGGAUUUCGUUUCGAAACAAACUUUAAGUGUGAUCAACUUUUUUCCUCAACCUUGAUUUCUAGUCACAUAUCUCUGUUACUCAAAAUUGCUUGAGUGUUGAAUAAAGUAUUAACAAAGUUAGCUUGCAUUUAAUGUAUAUAAAAACAAGAAACAAUAUUUAUCAUGAUCAUCCAAACUU